UAUCAUUUUUGUUCUAUUUUUAGGCACAAAUGAUACGGAAUCUCCACCUACUACCAACAGCAUUAACCAAUCACAAUCAGGGGAGAACCAGUCUGAGAUGAUGGAGGAUGAGAGACGUGCCAUACAAUUGCAAUUAUCCAAAAUGCCAACCCCUAAGGUCAGUUGUCGUCGACCUUUAUGCUGGGUUAAGGUGACAGAUAUAGAGUCCCGGAGUGCUUUGAUUCAGCUCUCGGCCCCUGAAAUAGACACAAAAGAAUAUGAAAUAGACGUAGGAGAAUUUAACUAUGAGCUGUUACUGUGCGAAAAAGGACGAGACGGCAAAUAUAAACUCGUAUACAGUGGUGAUGCCACAGAAAUAACCUUAAAAGAUCUUAAACCAGCCACAGAAUACCAUUUAAAAGUUUGUACAAUAUUGGACGAUGUGCGGGGAUCACCCACUGAAGCCAUCAGUUUUAAAACCAGUCCCUGUGAACCAGACCAGCCCCAACACCCUAAACUACAGCAAAAAUCAAAAACUUAUCUUCAUCUUAAAUGGAAUUCACCAAAUGAAAAUGGCUCUAAAAUCUCUGCCUAUAUCUUGGAGUCUGAGGUUGGGGAUUCCCCUGGCAAUUAUGUAGAAGUUUAUAAUGGCCUACAGAAGCAAUACAGGGUGUCAAAGCUAACAGCGGCCACAAAAUAUACCUUUCGAUUAGCAGCAAUAAAUAACACUGGUAAAAGUGAAUAUAGUGAACCAGUGAGUUUUUGUACGAGCGGAUCAGCCCCUUCACAACCAGAUCCCCCGAUGUUGUCCGAGUGUUACGUCACCGAACUAGUCAUAUCAUGGAUAAAGAGGCCCAAUGAUGAUGAAUUUGCCCUGCAAAUAGAUGAUCAGAUCUCUGGUCAUGGUUUUAUCCCUGUAUACAAUGGUCCACUGCUUUCACAUAGAAUACAUGGCUUAAGAAGAAAUAAAGAAUAUAAAUUCAGAUUAGCUGCAAGGAAUGAGGAAGGCAAUAGUAAAUGGAGUGAUAUUGUUGCAUAUAAGACACUUCCUGCUCGACCCGACCCCCCUAGCAAACCUCAAAUUAAGGGGAAAAUUCAUCCACAUUAUUUUAGAAUCACUUGGGGUAAGUUUGCAAAAAUUGUUGUAUGAUAUUUUAGACAGAAGAAUU